UUAGCUACUUACCACAUCGGACUGGUUGGUUCCACUUUUGUUCUGAUUUUUUAUUCUGUUGUAGUGGCCACAGAAAGCAAGCACGUCGGUUUUGAUCUUCCUGAACUGUUGUUCAAGAGCCUUUGCUUCACGAUAAGAACCGAAUUCUUUUUCCACUCGGCUUUGCUCGUAGUUCUCGUGAAUACGACUCCAAUACGUCUUGAGCUUUUUAUACGAUCCUUUGACCGGAUCAAUCGAAGUGUUCACCCAAGAGACACACAAUUACUCCUUCUCGGUGGCCGGCCACUGUUUUCCUUUACCUUUGCCUUUCUUGGGAGUCUCGGUAAUUGACUCGAGAUCAUCUUCAGCAUCUUCUUCGGUGAUGACUAGGUCAACUGAAGAGGAAGUUGAGGCAGUGGUAGUAGUGGUGGUAGGUGCAGUUCUGGCACGUUUGGUUGUUUUUU